CUGAACCGUUCAAUUAGCACUCCUCAACUCCUCAAAUGAGGUAAAUUGACAACAGCCAGUCACAAUGCCCUCAGUAACUAGAAUCAAAACCGAAAACCCCCCGACGCAUCCUCCGAUCGGGACUUCAACACCAUCGACGGAUGCCCUGGAUGAAAGAAUAUAUCAGCGAAAGACAGAAAACCCCAGCUUGUCUUGGGAGCAAAUCAGAACGAAAUGGUUUCCCCAAUUAAGACAUUGGGAGAUGCGAAAGAGGUUUUAUGUUGGUUUUGCGUGAACGGAAUAGAUGAUCUUGUCUUACGUGUACGUCUAUAGAAAAUGAGAGAUGCGCGACUUGGAGGACCGUCUAAUUCUUCGGCCGUGAAGCGCCAGCGUUCGGAAGAGCGUUCUGACGACGAGGAUGAUAAUCAGCCAUCCAAGAAAAGCCGCACUGGUUGUGACGACUCCAAGAACGGUAUAAACAAAUAUGAUGUCUCGUCACCUUCUAGAUCGCCAAAACUUACGCGGGCGAGCACCACUCCUAAUUUGACACCGAAGCAACUAUCUAGCGGAAUGGUUCUCCGUCGGCCUGCUGAGAAUUCACACUCAAAUCCUUCCUCGUCAAAUAGCACCAGUCAGCAAAGCUCUUCCUCUACUACACACCGAACCGCAGCACAAUCCAGCAGGUCCUCGACCGCAGCGCCAAACCCACCAAAGCCCAUUCCAACUGCUGCCUCCGUCCCACCCAAUGGAAACACGGAUGACAACGACUGUGACUCACACACCCACAGCCAUCCCGAUGUCCUCUCUGAAGCCCGACUACAGGGUCUAACUGAGAAGGACUGGCUAUAUAUCUUAUCCCGAGCACAGGCCUAUUCCGGUGAAAAAUUGCGCGCUGAUAACCUCGUUGCCAAAGAACGCGAAGCGCACAUGCGCCUCGAACUCCUCGAAACACAGCUCGCAGAAACCAAGAGAGAGCGCGACAAGCUAAUACACCAAUUCGCAUCGGCGUCCGCAGCCUCUCCGGGGUCCAGCACGGCCGUCGAUUCUCAUUUGAAAACCGAAAGGGUGCUGGACGAGCUUAUCGAGCAUGCUGUGGAAGUAAAAUCUAUCUUCGACAAGUUAUGGAUGACUAGCAAGGUAUACAUAGCGCAGAAGGUGUGGGAGUCAGCAGAGUUGGAGGCGCUGGUGCUAAAGGGUAGCACGGUCCUUACGAAAAUUGACAGAAUCAUUAAAGAACAAGAGGCAAGGGGGAAGAGUACCUGUGGUUUGUUUGGAUGCUAAUAUGGGAUUGCAACUUAUGCAUUUGUGUUCUGCGGAGUGGCUAUUUGAAUUACCAAAGAUAUCUUAACCCGGAGUUGAGGGAAUCUUUUCUUUUCUCUGUUACUUAGCCGAAUAUGAAUCCCCGUCGGCUGACUUAAGAGUAUAUGGCUGGUAUAAUUGGGUGGUGACUUCGGGCUGGGGUGAUUACAGAUUUGCACGGAGUGCUCACAAAAUGGAUCAGCAUAUUUGCACCGU